AGAUUACUUAUUAGGAGUGACAAUGUCAGUACUGCAGCAAGUUCUUAGCGAUGCCCGCAAACUUGCAACAAGGCUCCGAGAUCAUGAUAGCUCAACAGAUAAUUUGUUAUCUCAGGCACAGGGAAUGUUCAAGCAGGUUGAAAGCAUGAAAGAGUAUUGUGAGGAGAUGAACCAGCUGAACGAAGUUGCCAAUAACAGACCUCGAGGCCAACUCAUACACUCCAUACAACAGGAGAACAGAUACAUCAGGGAACUGCAGGAGGAAAAUAAAGAGCUGCGCAUGGCCCUGGAGGAGCAACAGACCGUCAUGGAACUCAUCAUGAGCAAGUACAGGGAGCAGGUAGCCAAACUCCUCACGUCCUCCCCUGACGCUCUACGAUGUCCCCACACUGCCGCCCUGCAGCGUCAGCUUGGUGACAAUAUCGAGCGCGUGAGCGAAAUGGUGAGUGUGAUGCGCCGUGCGGCCCAGCUCGACGAAGACCAAUCCUUCGAGUACCAGGAGCAGCUCUCCAGCCUCGCCAGAGAGAACAGGGGACUACGGGAGAUGCUACAAAUUGCUAUCAAGUCAGGGUCGGUGGUGGCCUCACAGCGCCACGACGCUAUAACACAGACCGGCUCUUCAGUAGACACCGACACAAUCAAACUUAAUCCUAACUUCGGCUCCGAUACUGACACAAUUAAACUUAAUCCGAGCUCGUGUAACGACGCAUCGUGCAAUGAGGUGCCACCUCUCGUAUCGGGUGAAGGGAGUUUGCCGGCUGCUAAAGACUUGUCCAACAUUUGUGAUCCUUCAGCAGAUAACGCGAGUUUGACUGAUAAUGAUAUUUUAACUGAUAAUCAACAUGAACGAGUGACGGAUGUUUCGUUUAUGCCAGAGGAAAAUCAUAGAGGAACUCUUAGUCAAAGUGUAUCUUCAUGCGACGAUUCUUCCAAUGAUACUUCAAAAUCUUGAUAGAGGCGUUCACGAUAAUUCGCUUCUACUUCUCACGUCAGAAAUUGUUUAAUUUUCACUAAUUUAUUUGCUUUAAGCACGUGCGAUUUUUUCUAAGCGGUUAUUAAUCUUAGAUGGAAAAUUAUUGUAUUCGAUUUGAUGGCACUAAUUUUAACAUCUGCUUUAGCCAUUUUUAAAUGCAAUCCUUAGUCUUAAUGAAGUUGAGGUUUCGCUAUCUCCUCGAUUCCCUCGCUAUAGAGCUUCCUUCAGGCUUUUCUAAUUCAUCUCAUAAAUAAACCUGGUAAUCACGGUCGGGGUUACACGCACGUAAUUUCUGAACAAAUCACCGCUACCAAAGGCAAUUGUAUUCUUUAUUGCGUAAGAGUGUCGCCCGAAUUUUUUUCCUAACUAUGAAGCUACGGUUAAAUUUCUCGUUAAAGGAGUUCGAAGUUUUGAUGCCUCUCAAGAUCAUAGCUAAGAGAAUCCUAGAUUAUUUCAUAUUGGUUUGCGGGCUAUGAGUCUCGAAUUUAUUACAACUAAUGGAAGUUCAGUAAAGAAAAACUCAGUGGCUCGACAUUGGCGAGCACUGACGCAAAAACCUAUUUUAUUUGAAGAGCUAGCACUCCCAUGUUGUAACUUGUCUAUGUCACACAUUUUUUUAGCUCUUUGAGGGUGGAAGGAUCAAUAUCGAAUGAGUUCACUAAUGACGGUCAUCAUGUAUCCGCCAUGCAACUAAUCAUAUUUUCUAAAGAUAAUGACGAAGCAGUG